CCGCGCGCGCCGCCUUAUGCGCAGUCGCGGCCCGGACGCCUCGGUGCAGCGGCGCGCUCUACUGUGGGUGGCGGUCCUCGGGCUGCGCGGCUGGGGAUGCUCCAGCGGGCGCGAUGGCCCCUGCCAUGCAGCCGGCCGAGAUCCAGUUUGCUCAGCGGCUGGCAUCCAACGAGAAGGGCAUCCGGGACCGGGCGGUGAAGAAGCUGCGCCAGUACAUCAGCGUGAAGACGCAGAGGGAGACAGGAGGUUUCAGUCAAGAAGAACUCCUAAAGAUAUGGAAAGGGCUCUUCCAUUGCAUGUGGGUGCAAGAUGAACCCCUUCUGCAGGAGGAGCUAGCGAACACGAUUGCCCAACUCGUCCACGUGGUUAACAACUCAGAGGCUCAGCACCUGUUCAUUCAGACCUUUUGGCAAACCAUGAAUCGAGAGUGGAAGGGGAUAGACAGGCUGCGCCUGGACAAAUACUAUAUGCUGAUCCGUCUAGUCCUGAGGCAGUCCUUUGAAGUUCUGAAGCGAGAUGGCUGGGAAGAAAGCCGAAUCAAGCUUUUCCUAGACGUCUUGAUGAAGGAGAUCCUCUGUCCUGAGAGCCAGUCUCCUAAUGCAGUGAGGUUCCACUUCAUUGAUAUUUAUCUGGACGAGCUCUCCAAAGUCGGGGGGAAGGAGCUUUUAGCAGAUCAGAAUCUCAAGUUUAUUGAUCCAUUCUGCAAAAUUGCUGCCAAAACUAAGGACCAGACAUUGGUGCAGACUAUCGCAAGGGGUGUUUUUGAAGCCAUUGUAGACCAGUCUCCCUUUGUACCUGAAGAAACAGUGGAGGAACAAAAGACAAAAGUGGGUGACAGUCACCUCCCUCAGGAAGAAGCAGCUGAAAAUGAGACAGCCUGCAGAAAAGCAGCCAGCAGGAAGAAGGCAGCACUGGGGAAGUGUCACUCCAGAAAAGAUGGACUCGGUGAUGAAAAAGGAAGAAAUGACUGCAGAGCCUUGGAGGACACUGGGCCCCUUCUCCAGUUUGACUAUAAAGCUGUUGCUGACCGACUCCUGGAAAUAACCAACAGGAAAAACAUCCCUCCUUUCAACAGGAAGCGUCUCUCCAAACUAAUCAGAAAAUUCCAGGAUCUCUCAGAAGCAGGCAGUAUAUCUCAACUGAAUUUUGCUGAGGACAUUUCUGCUGAUGAAGAGGACCAGACCCUCAGUGAAGGAAUACACAAGAAAAAAUUAAGUGAACUUAAAGAAAAAGCCAACUUGGGGAAGGAGAAAGGAAACACGGCUUUUGUUGCUGAAGAAGAGGGCAGUGGAGGCAAUAUUCAAAAAAGAAAAAGGAAAAAGAAGAAGAAGAACCACCCCCAGCCUGAGAAUUCAGGCCCAAGCAAUGAAGUCCCAUCCCUAGAACAGAAUGGGGGCACGUCCAGCACCGGGGAGGAGAGUAGCUCAGAGCACCUUCACUCUGCCCCCAUGCACAGUAAGAGGAAACGGCCACGAGGGAAGGGCCUACCCGCCCAUGGGGAGACCUCAGAAUUGGCAGUGUCACCUGUGGAAGAUGUGUCCCAGAGUGACCUGAGUAGUAGGAAUCCUCAGGGACCUGCCUCCAGAGGUUCCCCAGCAGGUAGAGCCCAAGUCCUGAAAAGGAAGCGGAAACUUGGAGCUCCCCCAGCCAGUGGCAGCAGCCUGGCCACACUGGCCUGGCCUCCAGUGCAGAAGGAUGACCCUCCAGCAAGCCCAGCAGAGGGAAGGUACAGCCAAACCACCCUGCCCCUGUGCAGAAGACUACAAAAAAAGAAGGCAGAGCCCAGCAGCCUUGGCCUCUGUGACCUGUCCAGUCAGAAAACAGCAAUCUUGAAAAAGAGAAAAAAGAUGAAAGAGAUGGCAAACUUGGCAGAACACAGUGGAGUUUUGGGGUCCAAACUCAGGCAGAUGCAAGCUCUGGGAAGCAGUGGGACUCUCAGCCCUUUGAAGAAGCAACAACUGAGGACAGAGAACAACUUUGUGAAGUUUGACACCCCCUUCCUACUAAAGCCCCUGUUCUUCAGAAAAUCCAAGAGCAACACUGCCACCUGCUCUCAGGGUCCUGCCGUCCAGCUGAACAAGACACCAUCUAGCUCCAAAAAAGUCACCUUUGGGUUGAACAGAAACAUGACCGCAGAAUUCAAGAAGACAGACAAGAGUCUCUUGGUCAGCCCCACUGGCCUCUCCCGAGUGGCCUUCAACCCCGCACAGAAGCCCUUACAUGGAGUUCUGAAGACCCCACCGAGCUCACCUGCCAGCACUCCACUGGUGGCCAAGAAACCGCUGACCACCACUCCAAAGAGGAGGCCCACAGCUAUGGAUUUCUUCUGAGGACAAUAGCAGAGUCCCUUUUUAAAGACUGCUUUUAUAUAGAAUAUUCUAUAAAUUAUAACUUUAAGAACGUAGGGCCUUUUAUCAUUUCAUAAGUUCUGUAACUUGUGCAUAUGAGGUUCUGAACGUGAGCUGCUGCUUCCUCGUCCCUUCCACCAGGAGCCCUGGACGUCUUAGUUGAGUCUUCUGCAGUAGCAUGCCAGAGCUCUGGGCUUCCACACGUUGGGUAACUUCAGUGGUUCCCAUUAGUGUAGGAACCUUGGAGAAGCUGAGGAGAGCACGCUGGUCCACAACUCUGAAUAAACUGAUGAGCACCGUUA